UCUUCGCCGAACCGCCAAAGCGUCACUCUCGACAUCCCUCGGUUCCUUCACCCUUCCCUCUUCGGUUUCUCACCGAGUAAUUUUGGCAGCCGGCUCGAUCCCUCCAAGGCCGCAGAGACUCGAUACUUUGUUGAACGAUCGGUGGCUGGUGUUGCGUUUGUGAGUGGUGUACGAUUCUUCGUUGUGCCAUGAGGAAUCACAAGAAGUUGCUGCAGUUCCUGCGGCCGGACCCGGCGGUGGCGGCGGCCAACGACGACGGGUGCUCCCCGCUGCCUUCGCCCACGACCAGCGGGAGCGCGAGCACGUCGGCCACGGCGUCCCCGUCGCCGUACGUCGCGUCGCCGUGGGUCAACCUCCCGGGGCUCGGCGCCGGGGCGGCGCUGACGGCCGGCGCCGCGGACGAGACGGGUCUCCUUGGGUCGUUCGUCAAGGAGGACGGGCACGUGUACUCGCUCGCCGCCGCCGGGGACCUGCUGUACACCGGCACGGACUCCAAGAACGUGCGGGUGUGGAGGGACCGCCGAGAGUUCGCCGGGUUCCAGUGCGGGAGCGGGCUCGUCAAGGCCAUCGUCGUCGCCGGGGACGGGAGGAUAUACACCGGCCACCAGGACGGCAAGAUCCGCGUGUGGCGCGCGUCCGCCGACGACCCUGCCGUGCACAAGCGCGUCGGCUCGCUCCCGAAGCUCGGGGACUUUCUCAGGAGCUCCGUCAGGCCGUCGCACUACAUCGAGACGCGGCGCCGGCACAGCUCCGUCUGGCUGCGGCACUUCGACGCCGUGUCGUGCCUCAGCCUGGACGCUGACGCCGGGCUGCUCUACUCCGGGUCGUGGGACAGGACCUUCAAGGUGUGGCGCGUGUCCGACUCAAGGUGCCUCGAGUCGGUGCGCGCCCACGACGACGCUGUCAACACGGUGGCCGCGGCGGGGUUUAACGCGCUGGCUUUCACCGGCUCCGCGGACGGCACGGUCAAGGUGUGGCGGCGGGAGGACGGCAAGGGCGGCGCCACGAGGCACGUCAUGGAGCGGGUGCUGCGGAAGGGCGAGAGCGCGGUGACCGCCAUCGCCGUUGCGGCGGAGGCGCGCGUGGUCUACGUGGCCUCGUCGGACGGGGCCGUGACCCACUGGCAGUGGCGGCGCGGAGCCGACCGGGAGAGCGCGCCGAGGAACGGCGGGGCGCUUCGCGGGCACAAGAUGGCCGUGCUGUCCGUCGCGGUGGCGGGGCGCGUGGUCGUGAGCGGCUCCGCCGACCGGACGAUCGCCGUGUGGCGGCGCGACGAGGGCGCUGACCACUCCCGCCUCGCCGUGCUGAGCGGCCACACGGGGCCGGUCAAGUGCGUGGCCAUGGACGAGGAGGAGCCCGUCGACGCGGACGGGCACCGGCGGUGGGUGGUGUACAGCGGCAGCCUCGACGGGUCGGUGAAGGUGUGGCGCGUGUCCGACGCGCCGGGCGCGAUGACGACGCGGACGCCGGCCCACGUGUGGAAGGGCACGCCGUCGCCGCUGGGCGCGUGGACGCCGUACCGGGCGCCGGAGCGGCGCUGAAGCGCCCGUCUGCGCGUGCAAUGUAGAGCACGCACGUGUAAACCGUGUGGCUGUGCGAGAGCCUACGCUGUAGAUACGCGUACGUGCAUCGUAGAAUCAUGCAUACACCGUAUGUAGGUACGUAUACGGUGUUGCGUAUGCUGAUUUGUUAUUUAUUUGUUUGUUUGUUUGUUUGUCCAUUUUGGUGUCCCCUGAAAUGGACUGCUGGGAUGUUGACGGAUGAGUGCUGUGUGGUUGUGAUUUGGUCGGUGGUCCGACCGGCCGGUGGGGCCUGGGGACCGGUGAGACUGAGAGGUCGAUUUGUACACUCUCGACUAAGCAAGAGGAAUCAAAAAAAGAAGAAGGAAUGGUCCUUUUUUUCU